AUGUGUCUUCCUCCUCCAGAUAUCAGGGACACUGUGAAGUACAAAGAAGUCAUGAAACAAUAUGGACUGGGCCCAAAUGGUGGAAUAGUGACCUCUCUCAAUCUCUUUGCUACAAGAUUUGAUCAGGUGAUGAAGUUUAUUGAAAAAAGACAAAAUGCAUCCAAGUAUGUUAUUAUUGACACACCAGGACAAAUUGAGGUAUUUACCUGGUCAGCAUCAGGAACCAUCAUAACUGAGGCAUUGGCUUCCUCUUUUCCUGCAGUUGUUGUUUAUGUGAUGGACACCUCUCGCAGUACUAACCCUGUCACCUUUAUGUCCAACAUGCUGUAUGCCUGCAGCAUCCUGUACAAGACAAAGCUACCUUUCGUUGUUGUCAUGAACAAAACUGACAUAAUUGACCACAGUUUUGCAGUUGAAUGGAUGCAGGACUUUGAGACUUUUCAGGAUGCCCUGAAUCAAGAGACAUCUUAUGUCAGUAACCUGACUCGUUCUAUGAGUUUAGUGUUGGAUGAAUUUUACAGUUCACUUAAGGUGGUUGGUGUUUCUGCUGUGCUCGGAACAGGACUGGAUGAUUUUUUUGUUCAGCUUUCUAAAGCUGUAGAUGAAUAUGAGAGAGAAUAUCGUCCAGAAUAUGAGCGCCUGAGAAAAACACUGGAGAAAGCUCAAAAUAAGCAAAAGAGAGAGCAGCUGGAACACUUGUGGAAGGACAUGGGCAGCGUGUGUGUGCAGGGCAACACACUUGCAGGGUCUGAUGAUUCUUCUGCAGUGGGUCCCUCUGAGCUGAUCCUAACACGAGGAACUCUUGAUGAAGAAGAAGAGAGGGAGAGUGAUACUGAUGACAUUGACCAUGAAGUUACUGAGGAGAGUCAUGAAGAACCAGCCUUCAGAAACUUUAUGCAAGAGAUGCGGAUGAAAUACCAGAGAAGCAGCAACCUGAAUGAAUGA